AGCUUUGUAGCUACAAAUGCUUGACGCAUGACUCCCCACGCUAGCAUAACUUAUGCUGGACUUGAUAUGCUGAAGUUAGUCACACAUAUACAAAUGUGUGAGCUAUUUACUUUGUCCACCCCUAAAUCGUUGACCAGUCGGGCCGCAGUAAGGUACUGAAUUUGGUUGGAUGUGCUAUUGGGGAUCUUAUUGUGUUACACCAAGUUUCUGUGCCAAGAACGGAGCGCCACGGUGUGAGCUCAAUCACCUUUGGCAAGUCUUUUGGUUCUUCCUAUUAACAUAUAAGUAUAUAACUUUUAGUUUUAACAUGAAGUGGUUAGUUGCAGUUGAUAAUUGUAGCAGCUGGUGCGCUGACGGAUGAGUAAGUGCGAUAGGUAAAGCAUAUCUUUUAGUGAUUGUGGUUUUCUACUGGUUGUUCAUAUUCAGAUUUCGUGAAAAGUGUUACAUAUCCAAUGUGUUAUCUUAAUGUUUUGAAAUUCUUUGAGUGAAGCUCUAUUGCUUUAUGAAUCUGUAAAUUCUGUUCAAGUGUAUAGAAAAUCAAAUUUAGAAAGUUAUGUAACAUAUUUAAGGUUGUGGAUUUAACUAAUUUAUUUCAUUAUAUGGAAAAAGGUUAAAGCUAAAGAAAUAAUUCACAAAUGCACCUUAAGCAAAACACCUACUGACUUGUAUUAAUGACAUUUUCCAAUGAAUUAUUUGUGGUCUUAGGGAUGAUAUUUAUUGGUAUCCGCUUGGCAUUAAAAAAUUGAAUACAUAUGUAAAUAUUUUGUAAUUUAAGUGCUACUUAUGAAGGUAAUUAUGCUUGAGCAUGCGUUUGUACAUCUCGGCAUUCCAGCGGAAACAGCUGAAUUCUAACCGAGAAAAUACCGUUGGCAACCGCUGGUAAGCGACGAGCGGCACAUUCUUUUCAAAUUCACCGGCAAAACAAUAAAUAAAACAUUUGCUUGCGUCUAAAAGUAGUUCAAAGGGGGUGCGGCCCCAACUCCACAACAUUUUGUUGUCAACGAAAACAAACCGAAACAACUGUCCCCACUUUCUAUACAAGCACUUAUUUUCAAGGGCGCCCAGUAUAACACUAAGCAGAAAAGAACAAUUAUAUUUUAUAUUAAUUUAUUCUUUAAUUGUUUCUAAUUAUGUGGAAAAUCUAUCCGAAACGUUUGUUAGUUAAAAUAGAAUUUCAGUUACAUGCGGUGACUUGUCCCGGGGUUUGGCUUUGUACACAUGGUUAUUUGGAGGUUACUAUCAAAACAUUGGGCUACUUUUUUCGUACCGGUGCAAUGGAGCCACGUUUCCCCCUGCUCUGCCAUGACAAAUUCACUAUGGAUGGUUAUUUUAAGUCUGUCGGCUCAAUUAGUGACUUAGACCGCGUGUUAGCCGCGGAGCAAAUGGAGAUAACACUUUGGCAGAACGGACGGCGCAUGGCGUUCUUUAUGGGCAAACUGGCCGAUGUAAUGCAAUCAGAUGUACCUAAAUUGUCCUGUGAGCACAAUAUCAAUAUACAACUCCUGAUGAAGGCCACACCAGCAUUUCCGGGAAUUAUUGCACCUAAAGUGGAGUUAAGCGCGCGAAUAGGUGUGCAGGACCAUCCACAGCACACUAAGGAAAAUGAAUAUUUUGUACAGCAGUCUGGCAAUAAUAUAUCUUUGAAGAAAUUGGAGUUUGAAGCCAAAAACACGUCAAACAGACACACCCAGCUGUCAUUAACUCCUACAAAUAGUUGUUUUAACUAUUUGGAAGAGAAACGACGUCAGCGACCAGUUUGCCACGUGAAAACAAAUUGUGGCAAUGGAUUUUCAAAGAAAAGUUGUGCUUUUCUUUGCUCUAAUGCACCAAAGUCAUACGACAUGGACGCAGUGUCAGGCCAAAACGGCGAACGCCGCCUUUCAACUGGCUCCAGUAAUUUCAGUAAUAGUUCGUACAAUCUCAGUCAAGCUACGCGUGUGAGUAGUCCCUCGCAGCAUUCUCACUCUGUUUGCACAGUUUCCUCGAUAUCUGCGCCGGAUGACCACCUGCGUCGAUGUGAGAUCUGCCAAUCGUACCGAAAAGUGUUCUCUAGCAAAUAUACAAAUAUACAUGCAAAAAACUACUAAACACAAACUAAUGUUAUGAUGUUAGAGAUGUUUUUUUUAUUUACUUAUAUAAAAACUGCGUUCCAGAUUUUGAAUGAUGUGA